CAAAGGAGUAGGAAGGUUGGCUCGACUUCGACUUCGACAACGACUACGACCAAGAGAAAGAGAAGGAGGAGGAGGAGGAGGAGGAGGAGGAGGAGAAGUUAGUGAAGGAGGUGAAGGAAGAAGAGGAGGAGGGUUCUGAUCGGCUUUGGAUCAGUGAGUACCAGUCCACGUCCUCUAGUCGACUCGCACUCCUUCAUCGGUGAGUGCGAAAUCGCGUGCCGACAUUCUACCAAGUUAUUUUUUAAUCUUUUGUGAAAGAAAACUUACAAAUUCAAAUUUCACGGUGAGCCUUCUUUGACCUGUGUUUUUUCAAGAGGAUAAUACAAAGCACACUCUUGUUUCUUUUCUCUCUCUCUCUCUCUUUCUCUCUCGCUCUUUUUCUCUCUCGCUCUCUCUCUCUCUCUCUAUCUCACUCUAUUUAUCUCUUACUUCUUCUUCUUCUUCUUCUUCUUCUUCUUCUUCCUCUUCUUCUUCUUUUCAUUUUUCUUUCUCUUUCUCUCUUCUCUUUGUCGUUAAGAAGAACAGUGAUAAAGUGAAAGGAUCGAACGGAGCUCGAACGAGGAAUACGAAGAUAAAGUCCUCCUCUUGGAGGGGGUGAUAUCGUCGAGGAAGAAACAGAAUCGUGGCUACGGAUGGUUAACGACGUAAUGAGCGAGUACGAACGAAUCAAGCGUUCGUGCUUGAAACGAGGUGAACUCUGGGAGGAUCCUGAAUUUCCAGCUACGCAAGCAUCUGUAUUCUAUCAUCAGACACCACCGUUCCAAUUUCAAUGGAAAAGGCCAAAGGAACUCUGCAAUCGUCCGAUAUUCGUCAGCGAUGCACCAGCACAAUUCGACGUUAUUCCUGGAAAAAUGGGUGACAAAUGGUUGGUCUCAUGCCUGGGUGUUCUUCACUUAAGUAAAGGACUCUUCUACAGGGUGGUACCAGCCGAUCAAGAUUUUGGAAAUAAUGGUGAACCACCAGGAUCACCGAACGCAGAAUAUGCCGGUGUCUUUAGAUUUCGUCUAUGGUGGUGUGGAGCUUGGGUCGAGGUUCUAGUCGACGACAGACUCCCGGCCGUUCACGGGAGACUGGCCUUUGUGCAGAGUCGACAUAGUGAUCAGUUUUGGCCAGCCCUUCUGGAGAAAGCGUACGCGAAACUUCAUGGCUCGUACGAGGCACUGAAGUAUGGCACACUAUUGGAUGGUUUGUCCGAUCUCACUGGUGGCAUCACAGAAAGUAUCGCUAUUAGACAGGAUCCCACGGCUUGUGGUAGAGCUUUGUCGAAGCUUUUAGAUAUGACGUCUCUAAUCACCUGCGUUGUUCACAAUAAUCAACAACACCAGUUACGUGCCAGUACGGAAAAAUUAGCGAACGGUAUACAAAUGGGGAUAAAUUAUAGAUUGUAUGCCAUCGAGAGGGUAGAGACAUUUAGUGGUGAGGCGGUACAGCUGGUAAAAUUACGAAAUCCUCUUGGUCCUGGUGGCGAGUAUAUAGGUGCCUGGGCACGUGGCGGUCUUGAGUGGGAUGAAAUUCCAGCAAUGGAAAGAGAACGUUUGGCGGUUAGAAACAUGGCUGAAGGAGAAUUUUGGAUAUCCUAUUCUGAUUUUGUCAAGACAUUCACUCAUUUAGAAGUGGUCCAUUUAGAUGCUGAAACAUCGAGGGACGAGCCAUCAUUGCACAAUAAACAUACAUGGCAAAUGAAAUUAUAUCAAGGUAGUUGGAGGAGAGGUGUUACAGCAGGUGGAUGUCGAAACAAUCAAGAAACCUUUCACAUAAAUCCACAACUACACUUGAUUCUCAGCGAGAUGGAAGAAGUGAUUGUAUCGCUGAAUCAGCAUUCUAUUAUGGAAUUGAAAGUAAUAGGUUUUACCGCGUACACUUUGCCGAAGAACAGUACGGAAUCGAUCAACAAACAAUUUUUUAAGAAGAACAAAUCUUUGGUGAAUUCAGAAUACACGAACAGUCGACAAGUGAGUCACAGGUGUCAACUUGAGCAGGGUGGUUACUUGUUAGUACCAACGACCUUCGAGCCAACUCAAGAAACGAGUUUCACAUUACGAGUCUACAGCAGUAAACCUUUGAAACUCAAAUUACUGGAUACCCCACCAUCGUUAAUGAAAUCAGCGAUUGUGAAAGCUCCUCCACUCGAAGGAAAAGGAUUUUCUCAAUACGAAGCCGUAUUCCUUCAACUAGCCGACGAGCACAGGACAGUAAAUGCCUUUGAACUUCAAGAAUUACUCGAGGCUUGUCUCCCAAAUGAUUACAUUAAAAGUUGCGCCUGCAUGGAAGUUUGUCGACAAGUUGUUUUGACGAUGGACAGUUCAGGUAGUGGUAGGUUAAAGUUCAAUGAUUUCAAAGAUCUCAUGUGCAGUUUAAAGUACUGGCAAGCUGCUUUUAAAAAUCAUACGAAAGAGAAGACUGGUAUUCUCAAAGCUGAAAGACUACGAGACGCUUUAUUAGAAGUCGGUUUUCAAUUAAAUACAGACGUAUUGUCGAUCCUUAUCCUUCGAUAUAUGAGAAAGGAUGGAACUCUGCGAUUCGGUGAUUUCGUCUCUGCUAUAUUACAUUUAAGUGACGCGUUUGUGGCUUAGGUCCUCUCUAAUGUGCUGAAGUGCCUGUUCAUCGUAAUUUAUGUACCUUAAAUCGAUUGUAAAUAAUAUUUUUCUAUCAUGUAAUUAGAAAUAAGUAUUAGCCAUAUUAACGAUUAAUGAUCAAAUUCAUUUUAGCCGUUUGUAAUAUAAUAUCGUUAAUAUCACGUUAUUGCAAAUUGUCAUUUUCACUCCAUUAAACGUUAAAUAUAUAAAAUUUUGUAUAAUAAACUGUUUAUAUAAAAUAAUUGCAUAUUAUCGUAUCGAUA